CAAUGCCAGCUGUCAGUGCUCAUCAAUGCCACCUGCCAGUGCCCAUCAGUGCCUCAUCAAUGCCACCUAUCAGUGCCAGUCAGUGCCACCUAUCAGUGCUGCCAAUCAGUGCCUCUUAUCAGUGCCUGUCAGUGCCUCCUAUCAGUGCCACCUAUCAGUGCCCAUCAGUGCCCGUCAGUGCUGCCUAUCAGUGCCACCUAACAGUGCCAGUCAGUGCCACCUAACAGUGCCAGCCAGUGCUGCCUAUCAGUGCCACCUAUCAGUGCAAUAUAUGAGUGCUGCCUUUCAGUGCCCAUCAGUGAUGCCUUUCAAUGCCCAUCAGUGCCACCUACUAGUGCCUCCUCAUCAGUGCCACCUAUCAGUGUCUAUCAGUGCAGCCUAUCAG